UUCACAUCGAUCAAGACCUAAGAUCUAGCUAGCAGCUAGCUAUAUACCAUAUAUACUAUCUCCUACGUGAUCAGUACGUUCGUCAGCGAUCAACCGACGAUGAGGGAGCUGAUCCGGCGGCUGAGCUUCUCGGACCGGGUGAGCGACGGCAGCGGCGGCGUGCCGCGCGGGUGCGUGCCGGUGCUGGUGGUGGGCGACGGCGACGAGGAGUGCGAGCGGUUCGUGGUGCGGGUGGAGGCGCUGCGGCACCCGUCGCUGUCGGCGCUGCUGGAGAUGGCGGCGCAGGAGUUCGGGUACAAGCAGGAGGGCAUCCUCCGCGUCCCCUGCGCCGUCAACCAGUUCAGACAGGCGCUCACCACCGCCGUCGUCUCCAAGAACUACUGAUUACUAAUUAAUUCUCUAGCUGAUCAAUCAAGCAGAUCGAACCUUAUCGAUCGAUUGACUUUCUGGGUGCUUGAGGAGCGACUCUCUGGUUCUGUUGACUAGUCUCCUGCGCAUCUUUUCU